AUGGAAGAAGAAGAUGUCGGCGAGAAUUUUUCACUAGAUAUUGCAAGUAGUGAUCUUUCCAAGUGCUUUACAGAUGAAUUGCCUAGUCUACAAUUAACUCCUGUAACUGAUAACAUAGAUACAUUUACAAAAUCAGAUAAUUUCCCAAAUGCCUGGUUUGGAAAUCUUACAGUUCAAAAAUUAUAUAAACCUACAUUCCCUGGUUCGGAAGCUAACACAAAUGCUUUAGCAGUGGUUAGAAUGAUAUGCAUUAUUAACAUUUUAGAGAAAUACAAUGAACUAAAGAAAAGUGUCAUAUGUAAUUUCAAGAAAAAGAUGGAAAUAAUGAAAUAUGAUAAACAAAUUGAUCGAAAUACUGCCCAGAAGGAAGUUGAUGAUUGUGUUAACUGCCUAAAUCAUAUCGCAAAAUCUGCUGAAAAUCAAAUAGAAAACAUUUUACACUCAACAAAAAACAAAGCUGAUGAUUCAUUGAACCUUAAUAAACUUGAUAUUGAGAAAGAAAGAGAAGUUUGUAAGAUCAUAUUUGGUACAGAUAUCAAAUCAAAACUUCCUCAUGGCAUAGUCGAUAAUCUUUGCAAGAAAAUUCAAAAAGACAAAAUAAAGAUUCAAAGACUGAUUGCUCAAAGACGAUAUUUCUUAAAAGAGAAAUAUGCAAAAGGUGAUGGGUCUAGACCAAAAUGGGUUCCAAAAGAAAUCACAGAUCAAAUGUUAUUAGAAUUUUCUCAAGGAACAAGAAAUGCAAUUAAUAUUGGAUCUAGUGAACCAAAUACACAAGAUGUUAUCCUAACAUUUUAUCAAUUGCCAUUGUUUUAA